AUGUCUAAACGAAGCUUGGGGAUGGACGAAGUGAGUUUAAUCUUUGUCAAGUCCAAGGUAUAUCUUCAUCCAACGCCGUCAAAGGAGAAUAAUGUUGUGGGGUAUUUAUCACUUUCAAAAGAACGGAAUUCGACAAAUUUGGAUAUCAAAUUGUCAUUUACCCCCGAGUCUGUAUUGAGUCAAGAUGAAAGGCAAAUUUACAAUAAGGUUGAUACCGACUUUCUCGAUUUGAAACCUCGCAGUAGGAUUGUGUCCAAAACUUCAUUUAUUCUAAGCUCAUAUGCAUUUACCACAACGCUCGGUUUUAUCUAUAGCAUUCAAUUUAGAAAACCAAGUCCAGGCUAUUACUAUGGCAGCAUUAUAAUCAACACCCAAGACGGGGUGAAACUACCCAUUAUUUUCUUCCACGACGACGAGUCUCCGUCUACCAUAAACAAUCAAAAACUCCACAACAAGGACUUUAACCCAUUUCAAGACGGAAAUAUGUACUGGGGCGCCAUUGAUUUUUUGGAAGCUUUGAAAAAGUUGGUGAAUGUUCGAAAAAGCACAGAACCUUCGGUAUACUUGAUAAACCCAGGAUCUGAUGAUUUGCGAAACUUUGCCCCUUUCAAAUUGAAAAAUAAUGAGCUCAAAGAAGGAGAAAAGGAGGAGGAGGAAGAAGAAGGAGAGGGAAAUGGUUCAAGUGUUUUUGACUUUAGCAAGUUGAUUGCAACGGCUAAAUGGCGAGUUUUGGAAACUGUUGCAACAUUUGCAGCCAAGGGUAAAAAUAAUGUUAUGGACUUGAUUGAAGAUAAUGCCCCAACGCCUAUUAAGCAAAUAAUCAAACAACCUGAAAUCGUUAGACUUGGAGACGACUUUAAUCUUCAGUUGGCCAAAUGGGCGCAACAAGUCAAACGCGAUGCCGAGAAAUCAAGUCCUCAUUUAUUGCAAUAUGAGAGAUUGAAUAAGGAGCUCGGUGACGAAUUGACAUUGGAGGAGGUGCUGAAGGCAACGAGAAGAGACAAGGUUAGUCUUGUAGAGUGGAAUACGUUUUUUGACUCAAAUGGAAUGCUUAUUAUUACUUCACAAGAAGUGAUGGAACGUAUUCGUCAUGGUGGGUUGGAGCCCGAUGCUAGACCCGAAGCAUGGCUUUUUUUACUUGGAGUAUACCCGUGGGACUCGUCGAGCGAAGAUAGAGAGGUGUUGAAACAGUCAUACAUCACCAGAUAUCACGAGUUGAAACUCAAAUGGGUCAAUGACGACGAAAAAAGAAGCACGAAUUACUGGCGGGAUCAAAAGUUUCGCAUUGAGAAAGAUAUAAUGAGAACAGAUCGAGAUUUGGAGAUUUUCAAGCAAUACGAGCCAGACGACGAUAAUGAAGAAGUGGUGAUAAAAAACCAUCAUUUGCGUCUAUUGAUGGACAUUUUACUAACAUAUAAUGAGUACAAUACCGAUCUUGGUUACGUGCAAGGAAUGACUGAUUUAUUAUCCCCAUUAUACGUUACGCUAGAAAGCGAGGAGAUGAGUUUUUGGGCAUUCACUGGAUUUAUGAAAAUUAUGGACAAGAAUUUUGAAGAGCUGAUGGACGGUAUGAAGAAACAACUACUCCAACUAACAAAAUUGGUGGCCUUGUUGUUACCGGAGAUCAAGAAGCAUCUAGAUAAAUGUGAAAGUGACUUAUUUUUCAUGUUUAGAAUGCUAUUGGUGUGGUUUAAGAGAGAGUUUGAUUGGGAACAAACGUGUAAUCUCUGGGAAGUGUUUUGGUGCUCCGAGAGCCAACCACAAUUGUUCUUUGCUCUUGCUAUCAUCAGCGCCAAUGAAAGUGGGUUGAAGCAAUUAACAAAGAUGGAAGAGGUUCUCAAGUAUUUCAACGACUUGCUGGGAAGACAUUCGGAUUUGCAAUCCUUACUAGUGAGGGCCGAAUUCUUAUUCAUUAAGUUCAAGAGAAUGAUGCUGAUUACGGGAGAGCAAGACCAAGACUUGAGGGAUUUGUUAUAG